UAAACAGGUUUAAUACUGAAACAAAUGAAAAAUUGUUUUUAUUCUAGCAAAUACCAUUACGGUAAGUAUAUAGUUUGAUGUAGAACUGUCUAUACAUCUUAUUUAACUAUGGAUACAAAGCUGCCACGAAAAAAGUAUUAUCGUCAAAGAGCUCACUCUAAUCCACUUGGGGACCAUAAUUUCCAAUACCCGGUUGGACCGCAAGACAUGGAUUGGUCGAGUAUUUACCCAGAGUAUUGCAAUGAAGCAAUGAAAAACAAGUAUAAGGUGGAAGUAGUAGAUAUUGGUUGUGGAUACGGUGGGCUGCUGAUCAAACUAUCCCCUUUAUUGCCAAAUACUUUAAUGCUUGGAAUGGAAAUCCGUGUUAAAGUUUCAGAUUAUGUCCAAGACAGAAUAAAAGCUCUUCGAAAAACAUCGAUCGAUAAAGGAUCUAAAGAUUUUCAAAACAUAGCAUGUAUUCGUACCAAUGCGAUGAAACAUUUGCCAAAUUUUUUUUCAAAGGGUCAAAUUCGAAAAAUGUUUUUUCUUUUUCCUGACCCACAUUUUAAGAAACAAAAGCAUAAAUGGAGAAUAAUUAGUCCUACAUUGCUAGCAGAAUAUGCCUAUGUUCUCGGUGUUGGAGGUAAAGUUUAUACAAUAACUGAUGUUGAAGAGGUUCACGAUUGGAUGGUUCAACACUUCACCCAACAUCCACUGUUUGAAAGAGUUGGCGAAGAAAAAUUGCAAAAUGAUGAAUGUUACAAGGCAACUUUCAACUCGACAGAAGAAGGACAAAAAGUUGAAAGAAAUUCAGGAGAUAAAUUUCCAGCAGUUUUUGUCAGAAUUUCUAACAAGAGCUGAUCUUGUUGUUACUACAUCAUUU